AUGGCUAAUGAGAAACUCCAUCGCAUCAUCUUCACCUUCUUUUUCAUUUCAGUUUCUCUCCUCGACACAUCACUUUCUCAACCCCAAACUCCAACUCCAGCCCCAGCUCCUGCGCCAGCCUCCGACUCGUGCAACGGUAUAUUCUUAUCCUACACUUACACCGCAGGCCAUUCCAUCCCUCCCACCGACCCGAACAACCAGGCGUACCGUUUCGAGUCCACUUUAACUGUUCUCAACAACGGACGUCACGAGCUCAAGUCUUGGAGAGUGUUUGUCGGGUUUCAGCACAAGGAGCUUUUGGUCUCUGCUUCUAACGCUGUUUUGGCUGAUGGGAAUUCGCUCCCUGCUGAGGUUGGUAACGGCACCGUUUUCGCCGGAUUCCCUAUGAGUGACCUUAAAUCGGCUGUGGAGACUGCUGGAGACAUGACACAAAUGGAGGUUCGGGUCGGGUUGGUGGGUACCCAGUUUGGUGUUGGAGCUCCAGAUGUUCCCAUGCCGCUUAAUAUUAGUCUUGUAAAUGACGGGUAUUCUUGUCAUAAUCUCACCAACCAAGGGAACAAUGAGAUGCAUGUAUGCUGCAUUCAAGAUAUAAACUCUGGUUCAAACAAUGCGCCAAAUGAUGAAUUCUUGCCCAGGCAAGAAGGUGAUCUUAUAAUCAUGUAUGAUGUGAUCAGGGCAUAUGAUACUAAUUACUGGGCAGAGGUUUCAAUCUCGAACCAUAACCCUCUUGGUCGCCUUGAUAAUUGGCAAUUGAGCUUUGAUUGGAUGAGGGAGGAAUUCAUCUAUACCAUGAAAGGGGCUUACCCUUAUGUUGUUGAUACAACAGACUGUAUUUUCGGCAGGCAAGGUCAGUACUUCAAGGAUAUGGAUUUUUCACAGGCAUUGAAUUGUGAGAGAAGGCCUACGAUUAUUGACCUUCCCCCAACAAGGGCAAAUGACUCGAUUCUUGGGAGAAUUCCCUUCUGCUGCCGAAAUGGGACAAUUCUGCCACCUUUAAUGGAUCCAAGCAAGUCUAAAUCAUCUUUUCAAAUGCAAGUUUUCAAGAUGCCCCCAGACUUGAAUAGGACAGAGAUAACUCCACCCCAGAACUGGAAGAUCCAUGGCACUAUGAAUCCAGAUUAUGAAUGCGGGAACCCAGUGCAAGUAAGCCCAAGUCAAUUCCCUGAUCCAAGUGGUUUGCCUUCAGAAACAGCAGCAAUUGCCAGUUGGCAAGUAGUUUGCAAUAUUACACACUCCAAGGAGGCAAUUCCAAAAUGUUGUGUCUCAUACUCAGCAUUUUUCAAUGAUUCUGCUAUUCCAUGCAACACAUGUGCUUGCGGCUGCAAUGGCAACCCAAGCCAGACCUGCAGUGCCACAGAACCAGCUCUACUUCUACGACCCGAUGCUCUUCUUAUACCUUUUGACAACAGAACUGUUGAAGCUCUGAAGUGGGCUGAGAUAAAUAGACGAACAGUUCCAAAUCCAUUGCCAUGUGGAGAUAACUGUGGAGUUAGCAUCAACUGGCACUUAUUAUCAGAUUACAGAGGUGGAUGGAGUGCAAGAAUCACUAUUUUUAACUGGGGUGAAACUAGCUUUGAAGAUUGGUUCGCAGCCGUUCAAUUUGACAAAGCAGUACCAGGCUUUGAAGAAGUCUACACCUUCAACGGAAGUGUGCUGCUUGGUUCCAAUAAUACGAUAUUCAUGCAAGGUCGUCCGGGGUUGAAUUAUCUUCUGGCAGAAACAGAUGGAGCCAAUCCAAAAAAGGAUCCCCGUGUUCCUGGUACACAGCAAUCAGUUAUCUCAUUCACCAAGAAGUCUACACCUGGUAUUAAUGUGGCAAAAGGGGAUGGUUUUCCAUCUAAAGUCUUGUUCAACGGAGAAGAGUGUGCGCUUCCUACUAUACUUCCAACUAACAAAGCUCCCAGGAUCAGUGCAGCAACCAGCAUUUUUGGCUUUCUAACUCUUGCUCUUUUCUUGCUAAUGCAGUGAUAGCUGCUCAAUCGCCUUAGUUGGAUGAAUUUGUUAUUAUGGCCGCUCCAAAUUCUUUUUUCCCUCUUCAGUUGCCCUUCUUGAGGCCAAUACAUGUUUGGCCUCCUGUUAGAGGUGGAUUUUUUAGCAUUGAGCUAUUAUUCAAUUCUCACUGCAUAUACAAAAGUUAUAUAGUUUAGCUAAAUGUUUUAACUUUUAAGACGUACUAGCAUUUUACUGCAUAUAUUCAAUUAUUA